AGCAGGCUGCUGAGCCCAGGGGCUGAGGGGAAAGGCAAGCAGAUCCCUAGAAAGCAUGAGGGAACUUAGCAGGAUCUUGGCUGCUCGCUUUUCUGAGUACAUAGCCCUCAGUCUGUCUCUGCGAAGCAACCCCUCCUCCCCCUGCUGCUCAGGAUCAUUUGCUCGAAGCUAGGAACACAGCACAGCCGAGUUCAGAAGUUUGGGAAUGGCUCUGGGAAGAUUGCAAGGCUGGAGGGUGGAAGCCUUCAUGAACCAGGAGCCUGCCACCUAUGCUGGGGGGCUUUCGUCUUCUGAAUCAUCCUGCUCUGCCCAGGGGAAGGCAAGCACAGCACCGAGACUGGCACCCUUUGGAUACUACUGCUUUUAGCAGAGCUUGGUGGAGGUACCUGGAUCCUCAGAGAAAAGUUCUUCGGGAAGGUCCUGGAAACCACAAGACACUCUUCGAAGUGGGGAGAAGAAGGGGCAGUCACUCACCCUCCUUUGCCUUUGGGACUGUCUUUUGGGGGAAAAGGAGUUGCCCAAACAGAUCAUGAGACUCUCUUUACACUUCCCAGGGAAGACUGUACGUUAGGACACUGCUCCAUCUGGAUCUAGGCAAACAGAGCGUGAAAGAGUCCCCAGCGCGCGCUGUCGGUUCUGUAGGCACUAGAAAUGGAGAAUGAGGUUGGGAAAUCUGUGGACAAUCAAAUGGACAAAUACAUAGUUACAAUAAUGGGGAAAUCAGAAAGUCAAAUGGAUAUUGUAGAAAAAUCAACGAAAUCUGGGAAAAAAUCCCGGAGCUUUGUGGCCAUCGGUCUGUCCGUGCUGCUGCUUCUCAUGACUUGUGCUGUGGUCGCCCUGGUGAUCCUGUAUGCCAGCAGCAGAGAUGCAAAUUAUGGUACCAAUUCAGGCAACGUAUGCACCACACCUGGAUGUGUUACAGCAGCUGCUAGGAUAAUUCAGAACAUGGACCCAACCACUGAGCCUUGCAACAACUUCUACCAGUAUGCCUGUGGGGGCUGGCUAAACCGGCACGUCAUCCCAGAAACCAGCUCAAGAUACAGCAUUUUUGACAUCCUGAGGGAUGAACUGGAGAUCAUCCUGAAAGGUGUGCUGGAGACUCCAGAGCAGGAGGAUCGAGAGGCUUUUCAGAAAGCAAAGACACUUUACAAAUCCUGCAUGAAUGAGAGCCUCAUAGAGCAACGAGAUUCAUUGCCCUUGUUAGAGGUCCUAGCUAUGAUUGGAGACUGGCCAGUGGCUUCUGCAGAUUGGAAUAUCACCCAUGAGGCAAACUGGAGCGUGGAAGAAAAACUCUUCAUCAUGAACUCCAGAUAUAACAAACGAGUCAUCAUUGAUAUGUUUGUUUGGAACGAUGACCGGGAUUCCAGCCGGCAUAUCAUUUAUAUUGACCAGCCCAGUUUGGGAAUGCCAUCGCGAGAUUACUACUUUAAUGGUGGCAACUACCAAAAAGUACGGGAAGCCUACCUACAGUUCAUGAUCACCAUUGCCAAAAUGAUCAGAGACGAUAAAAACAUGUCUAAAGACGACAGCUUUGUCCAAGAGGAAAUGGUAAAGGUGAUGGAGUUUGAAACAGAGAUCGCGAAUGCAACUGCUCCUGCAGAAGAAAGGCAUGAUGUGACCCUGUUGUACAACAAAAUGACCCUAAAGCAGCUACAGGAAAAGUUUGCCUUGAAGGACUUUAACUGGGCCCUCUUCAUCCAAGGUGUCAUGUCUUCAGUAAAUGUUCAGGUCCACCCCGAGGAGGAGGUGGUUGUGUAUGGAAUGCCCUAUCUGCAGGAGCUCAAAGCAAUUCUCUCCAAGUACUCAGCAAGAACCAUCCAGAACUACCUGGUUUGGCGACUGGUGAUUGACCGGGUCAGCAGCCUGAGUCGGCGUUUUAAGGAUGCUCGUGCCAACUAUAGAAAGGCACUUUAUGGGACAACAUUGGAAGAGGCCCGUUGGCGAGAAUGUGUGAGUUAUGUCAACAGUAACAUGGAGAACGCAGUGGGAGCUCUGUAUGUCAGGGAAACAUUUGCUGGUGAGAGCAAGAGGAUGGUCCGAGAUUUAAUAGACAAAAUCCGUGAAGUGUUCAUUGAGACAUUAGAUGAAUUGCAGUGGAUGGAUGAGACGUCUAAAGAGAAAGCUCGUGAAAAGGCAAUGGAAAUUAAAGAACAAAUUGGUUAUCCAGAUUAUAUUUUGGAAGAUCACAAUGAAAAACUGGAUCAGGAAUAUACAAAUUUAAACUUCAGCGAGUACAAAUACUUUGAAAACAUCCUGGAAAACCUGAGAGCUGGAGCGCAGAAGAGCCUGAAAAAGCUUCGAGAGAAAGUUGACCAAGAUAUAUGGAUCAUCGGUGCUGCUGUGGUCAACGCAUUCUACUCCCCCAACCGAAACCAAAUAGUCUUUCCAGCUGGGAUUCUGCAGCCUCCCUUCUUUAGUAAACACCAGCCACAGGCAUUAAACUUUGGAGGGAUUGGGAUGGUAAUUGGGCAUGAAAUUACUCACGGUUUUGAUGACAAUGGCAGGAACUUUGACAAAGAUGGAAAUAUGUUUGACUGGUGGAGCAAUUUCUCAGCCAUGCAUUUUAAGGAGCAAUCUCGCUGUAUGGUCUACCAGUAUGGAAAUUACACGUGGGAGCUGGCUGGAGGACAGAAUGUCAGUGGGAUAAGCACACUGGGAGAAAACAUUGCAGAUAAUGGAGGAGUUCGACAGGCUUACAAGGCCUAUUUAAAAUGGUUGGAACGAGAAGGGAAGGAGCCAAAAUUGCCUGGGCUUAAUCUGACUCAUAAACAGCUUUUCUUUGUGAACUUCGCCCAGGUAUGGUGUGGUUCCUACAGGCCAGAAUAUGCCAGCCAGUCCAUUAAGACAGAUGUCCACAGCCCUUUGAAGUACAGGGUGAUGGGAUCUUUGCAAAACUUUGAAGCCUUCUCUGAGGCAUUCCACUGUAAAAAGGGCACGACCAUGCACCCUGCCGAGAAAUGCAGAGUCUGGUAGCCAAAGAGAACACUUGUGCUGAAGAUAAUGCUUAGACGCACAGUCUACAACACAAAACAAAAUUCAACUGGUCUGGCUACAGACUGAACAGUUCUCGCCAAUGAUGUGCCUGAUGUUUUCCUGUUCAGUCACAGCCAAGGUUAAUGGUGCAACUACUGUGGUCAGAAUUUUAAAAAGCCCACGGCUGUCGGGCUUUCGUGGUUUGGCUGGAAUGUGUGCAGGCUUCUCAGCAUUGACAGCUGGGCUGCAUUGAGAGUGACAGUACACUCCAGGAGAGAAAUGACUGUUUCCAAUGACAUCCUGACUGUUAUUAAAAUACCACAUCAGGGUUACAAAGACUAGCUAUUUAAACAAAAAAA